AUUCAAAGCCUAGUUUUCUAUGAGUCUGAGUUUCGCGCGACAAAUUGAAUUCAAUGUAGUUCAAUAGAUACAAAUAUACUUGAAGUAGUAAUUUUGAACAUUCAUUUAUAAACAAUACGUCUAUAUACAAAUAUAAUUAGAACUUUUACUCAGAAUGAAUACUCGAGUUCUUCGUAGAUCAUCAAGAAGACACUCUAUAUCAACCUUACCAAAUAUUGAAAACAGAUAUUCAAAGAAAGAAUUAUCAUUAGAUGUUGGAUGUGCUCUAGAUGAACUUCGUGUUUUAAACACUCAAACCAUUAAUAAGAGAAGAUCAUCUGCUAGGGGAUUAUCAAGGAAUAAUGAAUAUUCAAUAUAUCAAAAGGAAAAACUUCAAAUCAACUCUUCAAAUGGAAUUCAGAAUGAAGAACUUGUUAAAAGUUGUCCACCUACAGUCUCCAAAAGUAUUUAUGAUUCCCUAAUGGAUAUUGAAAAAGUAUUAGAUGAUAUUGCAAUACCUGAUCAACGUAGGAGAAGUAGAAGAAUUAGUGAAAUAGAAAAACAGAGAGUAUAUUCCUAUAAUACACCAAAAAAUACUGAGUGUAGAGUUUCAAUAAAAAAUCAAAGAAAGUCGAAAAAUUCAAAUGAGGUGUUGGUAGCUGAACCUAUUCUCGAGAGAAGAAAGAGGAAACGUUGUGAAGAAAGUACAUCUACAUCUAUCGAAAAUCUCUGUGGAUCAAAAGAAAAUACUGAAAAAAUUAAUGAAAAGCCAUAUCCCAGAAAAAUGAGAAAAAAGUCGGUAAGCAAAAAUUGUAUAAUAUUGGAUGAAAUUGAGAAAGCAAAACAAAUCGAAAAUUAUUAUCUCAAUAAAACCUCCCAUAAUACUAAAACAUCAUUAGAAACAAUUUAUGAAGAAAAUAAUGUUGGUUUAGAAAAUAUAAUGGAAAAAAGAAAAAUUAAGAGGCUCAUUCCAUUUGAAGAAAUAAAUAAGAAUAAAUCAAAAACAAGUAGUGAAUGUCUAGAAAAGUUGAAUCCCAGGAAAAAAAAGUCAAUUGAUGUAGCUCUUGCAAACUUAUCAGACGAAGUUGACAUCUAAAAAUUUACUGUGAUAAAUAAGUUAACAACUAUUUUUCUAUUGAAUUUUAUCUUGGUAUUUUCAAUUGUAUUAUAAUUUUUUUGUACAAGUAUAUAUUGUAAUUAAAUAGUUCUUUCUGAAUAA